UGCGCACCACAUUCGUUCGUGAGGGUCGUAACCGGCCUCGAGUCGGCCGUCCGGUCUUCUUCGCGCAACAUCACUCGCACCCGCUCAUCGCAUCUUGCGCCGUCAACCUACAGAAGCUUCAACUCGCAAACUCGCCGCUACGAUGGAAACACCCCAGCCACGAGCUCCGCAAAUUCAGCAGCUCCUCGCGCUGCUGCAGCCCAGUCAUCAUACACACCCAAGCCCGCCGCUCCAGCUCCCGCCGCACCAAGCGAGCCCAUGCGUUCGCUCACCGAUGGCCUAAGUGAUCCNCCACCUACUCUCGCAGAGGGCGAGAAGCAAGUCGACUGGACCCGCUCCUUCCACGGCAUCUCUUCAACGCCUUUCAGCUCCGAGGCUGCCGCUAUCCUGACGCAAGAGAUUGACUUUGACGACAUUGAGAUCAAGCCCGACGGAAUCAUUUACUUGCCCGAGAUCAAGUACAGAAGAAUCUUGAACAAGGCGUUCGGGCCUGGAGGCUGGGGUCUUGUGCCGCGUGGCGAGACUAUUGUUACGCAGAAGCUGAAUAUGCCCUUGUUGCUGGGGGACACCCGUGGCGAACAACAAUACUUUGACCCCGACGGCAUCCCUACCGCGACCGAGGGCUGCAAGUCCAAUGCUCUGAUGCGCUGCUGUAAGGACCUGGGCAUUGCCUCUGAACUCUGGGACCCUCGAUUCAUCAGAAAAUACAUGAAAGAGAUGGGCAAGGAGAUUAUUGUCGAGCACGUCAUGACAAAGAAGAGGAGAAAGCACUUUAUGAGAAAGGAUGAUGAGCUGAAGUACCCCUUCAAGGAGGUCGUCAUCCCUGGUCAGACUCCUGCUAGAAAG